GUAAGGAAGCUAACAAGAAUUCCAGAAAGUGAAAUGUGCUGGGAAGAAAUGAAAUAGUUUAGGUUUAGGUUUGUAGGCUGGGGGCGGGGGGCGGCUCAGCCUCUAACUUAGACCCAUGUGAUGUGAAGGGGCCAUUUAUUCUUCACUGUGACCCUUUGAUUUUCCCAGUUUUCAGGUGAGGAAACUGAGGCACAGGUGAUGAAGUAUGCGCAGGGGAGCACAUACAGCCAAGCUAUCCACACGCAGUCAUCUGCGUGCUGAGCCCAUCCUGCCCUGCUCAGGAGAGGUUGGCUGGCUCCUCUGGCUGAUGGCAUGUUGAGGCACAUGGGCCAGUGGCAGCGAGGGCAUCUGAUCCAGAGGGGGCCACUCUAGGGGCCAGGCCAUCAGCACCAUGGGCCAGUGUGUCACCAAGUGCAAGAAUCCCUCAUCCACCCUGGGCAGCAAGAACGGAGACCGUGACCCUGGCAGCAAGUCACACAGCAGGCGGAGCGCAGGCCACCGCGAGGAACAGCCGCCAGCCUGUGGCAAGCCAGGUGGGGAUAUCCUUGUCAAUGGGACCAAGAAGGCAGAGGCUGCCACCGAGCCCUGCCAGUUGCCAACGUCCUCUGGAGAUGCUGGAAGGGAGCCCAAGUCCAAUGCCGAGGAGUCUUCCCUGCAGAGGCUGGAAGAAUUGUUCAGGCGCUACAAGGACGAGCGGGAGGAUGCAAUUUUGGAGGAAGGCAUGGAGCGCUUUUGCAAUGACUUAUGUGUUGACCCCACGGAAUUUCGAGUGCUGCUCUUGGCUUGGAAGUUCCAGGCCGCUACCAUGUGCAAAUUCACCAGGAAGGAGUUUUUUGAUGGCUGCAAAGCAAUAAGUGCAGACAGCAUUGAUGGGAUCUGUGCACGGUUCCCUAGCCUCUUAACGGAAGCCAAACAAGAGGAUAAAUUUAAGGAUCUCUACCGGUUUACAUUUCAGUUCGGUCUGGACUCUGAAGAAGGGCAGCGGUCACUGCAUCGGGAAAUAGCCAUUGCCCUGUGGAAACUAGUCUUUACCCAGAACAAUCCUCCAGUAUUGGACCAGUGGCUAAACUUCCUAACUGAGAACCCCUCGGGGAUCAAGGGCAUCUCCCGGGACACCUGGAACAUGUUCCUUAACUUCACUCAGGUGAUUGGUCCUGACCUCAGCAACUACAGCGAAGACGAGGCCUGGCCAAGUCUCUUCGAUACCUUUGUGGAGUGGGAAAUGGAGCGAAGGAAAAGAGAAGGGGAAGGGAGAGGUGCACUCAGCUCAGGGCCCGAGGGCUUGCGUCCCGGGGAGCAGACUUAGUGGCUCUAUCCCAGGAGCAGCAGCAGCAGCAAGGAUCUGCCUGCUGCUCUGCAGCCAAUCGAGGGAUUGGACCUUUCUGGAAAUUACUGAAGAUCCAGAUAUUUUCUACUUUACACCUUUCUCUGCCUUGUAUCUGAAAGGGCUCUAAAAUGCUGUAUCAUGUUUUAGGCACUUUCUUCACUUUUUGGUUAUUUUGGUUAUUUCUUUUGGGGGGUGUUCCCCAAAAUAUUUGAACCUGGCUACAUGUUGUGUAUUUUUUUUUUUUUUUUGAAGCCUUCAGAUAGGAUAAGCCUGCCAUUUCUUGCACAAAUUAGAUUUCUUUGUGGGGGAGGGUAUAGAGCAGGGAGGGGGAAAUGGGACGGUUAGGUUGAAUUAACAUUACAAGAUGAUACAGUGCCAGAUCUCAGUUUUGCAUAUUCUGUUUUUCAGGGCAGGUCUGUACUGUGUGUAGUGCUGUUUACAUGAUUGAAUUUAGGUUGUAAUAAUUAUUUUAAAAGAUUUACACAGAAUUGAAUAGCAGUGUUAACUGUUAACCAUAUUGCAUUAAUUCCCAGGCAAUUUAAAGCUCUUGGAGAGCCAAGGCCAGCCAAGAGCAUUUGUAGUCUGGUGACAACCCCCUUUUAAGCUAAUUUAUCCGAAACCCUUAUUUUCUUCACUUCUUGCUCAUUCCUUCUUUGACCUAUUGCAUUUCAUGUUGAGUUUAUCCAUCAACAUGCUGCACCUGUCAGUCAAGUGAGCAGGUUUUUUUUUUUUUUUUU